AUGUGCAGAAAUGUAAGAGAAUCUGCCGAUGAAAAACCUUUUGAGGUAUCUGAAAUGUACGUUUUCGGGAAGUCUAAUACUUUCAAAGCGAGAAUAAUAAAAAUUAUGGAUGUUUUACAAACAAUGUUAACAUAUCUAAUUCUUUACAAUUCCGCAAUAGAGGGAAUAGACGUAUUUGCGAACAAAUUCUUCAGUUUCUUUCAGGAUAUUUCAUCCAAAGACUAUGAUCCAUUAAAUCAUAGGAAACCAUAUUUUGAUUUUGAUUACGAUAAUUAUAAGAAAAAUGUGGCAGAGACAGAAAUAGAAUUAAGAAACUUCUUUUAUAAAUGCGUCUCGGACGCGCCAAAUAUAACAGAAGCAUUGAGGAUAGUAGCAAGAUUUCAAAAAUUGAAGUUCAAACAUCUGAGAAUCGACAGGAAGUACUUAGAACUCAUUACACUGUUUCAAAAAGAAAUUGAGGAUGUACGAGAUAGAUACAACGAAGACAGAUCGGAUCCUCCGAUACCGCGAAAUGUUCCACCUAUUGCUGGCCGUAUUUUAUGGAUCCGACAACUUUUCAGGCGUAUCGAAACUCCGAUGGAAAUAUACAAAAAGUGCAAAAGAGUGAUUACUCACGAUCAUAUGCAGAGAUGCAUUAGAAUUUACAAUGCCUUGAUCACUGUUUUUAUACAUUAUGAAAUGAUAUAUCAUAAAGCAUGGUACGAUUGUUCAGAAAUUGUUCGAUUGGCGUUAGCCUCACCAUUGAUAAUAAGACACCCAGAUACGAACAAGUAUCAUCUGAACUUCGAUUCGUACAUUAUCGAGGUGAUACGUGAAUCAGAACAUAUGGCUAGGUUUGACUUGGAAGUGUCAGAUUUUAUACAAAUAAUAACAUUUUGUAAAGAGAGAAUUUUCUCAUCGUAUGAAAUUGUAAAGCAAUUGGUCGACGAAAAUAAUACACUGAGACGAACGAUACCGAUAUUAUUUUUGAUUUUGAUAAAAAUUGUUCUUGUUAAUCUCGAGAUCGCCUUUCAACCUUGUUUAUCAGUAAUCACAUGGACGUCUUUAAACAUUGACGAAGUGUGUAAGGAGAUAAAGAAUGCACUUGCGUCGGUGCAGAUUUUUGUCAAAGAUAUAAGAGACAUGAAAGAAGCAAGAGUCGACGAAGUUUUCGAAUCCAUAUCAGAAGUUAUUCUAGUGAAACUCGAUGAUUAUGCAAAGACUCCUGCUCAACUUUUAGACGAUAAUAUGGCAUACGGACUUACAAUAGCAGUCGAUUUGGAAAUUAAAUCGUCAGCAGCGGAGAAAGCAGUUACUGCUAUUAUUAAUAAGUUUAUGGACUUCAUAAUCGACGAGACUGUUCAGGAUAUUAAAUACAAUUGGAUGGAUCCGGAUAAAAUACACAAGCAUAUCUCACAGACGAAAUUGACAAAGGGAAAAUAUGAACCAGGUUUUGCCCCUAUCGAGAGAACACGUAAAGUUCAAAUAAAUCGGGUGCACAAUGAUUGCAUGGAGUUAUUCGCUUAUUUCCAUAAUAAACUCGUAGAAGCCUUAGUAAAGUGCACCAAAAACUCGCUCGAGUUAUUAAAGAAAAAAGUCACUAAUAUGAGUCAUCUGAUACACGAUAAUGACGAAUUGAGGAUGAAACCGAUACUUUUGACGACGUUCGUCUUGCAAAUACCAAAUAUCGUGAUAGUACCCCCUAUAGAGGAAUUACAGUAUUGUUUUGGAAAAUUAGUGAGUAGCGUUCUGGAAAUUUACAAACAAGUCACAGCAUGGGGACAACGUUAUUAUAAUCUGAAAUCUGAAAAUGUCGUAUCAAAUACACAAGAAAAUAAUGCAAUUCCUCGGAAGAAUUAUUAUCACAUAAUAUCGGAUCACAAAGAGAUAGUACGUAGCAUAAUGAGCCUGCAAGGUGCAAUUUUUGCCGUAAAGCAAGACAUCGAUGAAAUUGCCAAUAUUUACUUGCAAUAUUCUUACAUAUGGUCCGAAGACAAAGAUAAUAUCAUUCAAAGUUUCGUCGAUUCCGAGCCUAUCACUCAAGAGAUCAAAGAGAAGUUCAUGGAAUACGACAGUUUAGUCGAUGAGAUUCAACAUCUGCCAAACAAACACGUAGUCGGUCCUAUAGAAAUUAGCAUGGACAAAUUGAAGUUAGCAUUUCUGGUUGAGGCACGUGUAUGGAAGAUAUCACUGGGGCAGAAGUUGUCUGCAACUUACAAGGAGAAAUUAAAAAGAAUCAUCGAAUACAUAAACGAGAAGAACAAGGUUUUAGCCAGGAAAAUAAAGGACCUGGAAGACGUAAGGAUCGCGAUGAAGUGUUUAAGCGAGAUACGAGACGAUUUCAUAUCGUUGGAUAUAGAGUUGAUCUUGAUCGAGGAAACGUACACAUUAAUGGGAAAGUUUAAUAUUCUUGUCUCGAAGGAGGAACAGGAUAUCGUGGACGGUUUACGAUACAAUUUCACAAACAUGUUGAACACGGCGAAACAAGUACAAGCAAAAAUAUGCGAAAUGCAAGAGCCAUUGAAAAAGGAAUUGACGGAUGGUGUUGCGAUAUUUAAGCAAGAUGUGAUCAAUUUUGAUUUUGACUUUGAGCUGAACGGUCCUAUGGUUGAAGGAAUACCGGCUAAAGAAGCUAGUGAUCGGCUGAUAUUCUUUCAUGCCCGUCUUGACGAGUUAUGGGAGAAGUACCAGACUUACAGCAGCGGGGAAAGUUUAUUCGGCAUUGAAAUAACAGACUACCCGGCUCUUCAUCAAAGAAAGAGGGAAAUUAAUUUACUACAGAAGUUAUACUCCUUGUAUUUGCAAGUUAUACGAACGAUCGACAGCUACUACGAGAUACCUUGGGCAGAGAUCGAUAUCGAAUCCAUAAUGACUGAACUAGCCGAAUUUCAGAAUAGAUGUCGAAGACUACCAAAGGUUAUGAGAGAGUGGCCAGCCUACAUCGACUUGAAAAAGAAAAUCGACGACUUUAACGAAACUUGCCCAUUGUUAGAGAUGAUGGCUAAUAAAGCGAUGCAAGAGAGACAUUGGGAAAGAAUGUCGAAAUUGUGCAAAUACUACUUUGAUGUUGAGUCGGAGGCAUUUACAUUGGCCAACGUGAUGCAGGCACCUUUAUUGAAGUACAAAGACGAAGUCGAGGAUAUAUGCAUAAGCGCAGUGAAGGAGCAAGAAAUAGAGAGCAAACUAAAACAGAUCAUAGCAGAAUGGGCCAUCGUGGAUUUACAAUUCUCCACGUUCAAGCAGAGAGGAGAAUUGCUCUUAAAAGGCGUGGAAACGUUGGAGAUAAUAUCUCAGCUCGAGGAUAGUUUGAUGAUCAUUAGUUCACUGCUGGCAAAUCGAUAUAACGCGCCUUUCAAAAAGGAUAUACAACUGUGGCAAAAUAAACUCAGCAAUACCUCUGAGAUCUUGGCAAAAUGGCUCAAUGUUCAGAAUCUAUGGGCUUAUUUAGAAGCUGUAUUCAUUGGCGGAGAUAUAUCGAAACAACUUCCAGCGGAGGCAAAACGUUUCAAUAAUAUCGACAAAGCGUGGAUGAAGAUAAUGUAUCGAGCACGUGAGAGGGUGAACGCAGUGGAAACUUGCACUGGAGAUGAAACAAUGACACAAUUUUUGCCACAUUUGUUGGAACAGUUGGAAUCUUGUCAGAAAUCUCUCAGCGGAUAUUUGGAAACGAAACGAAGCAUAUUUCCAAGAUUUUGCUUCAUAUCAGACCCCACGUUGCUGGAAAUACUUGGCCAAGCAGCAGAUUGUCACACCAUACAGAAGUAUCUCGACGGUUUCUUCGACAAUAUAGGAAAAUUAGAGUUUCACGAGAAAGAGUAUGAAAGGAUCGUAGCCAUGUAUUCGCGCGAAAACGAGAAAGUGCUAACAGAGAAGGAUGUUAUAUGUACAGGGCUUGUGGAGAAUUGGUUGAACACUUUGUUAACGGUUCAUCAAUUCUCUGUUGGCAGUGCAAUCUCCCAAGGGUUGCAGACUCUUCCUAACGAAGACUUUGAUAUUAUACAGUUGAUCGACAAUUCAAUUUUACAAGUAGGAUUAUUAGCCUUGCAAGUUUUAUGGACUCACGACUCUGAAGUAGCUCUCAAUACAGUAAGACGAGACAGAAACAUAAUGAAGCGAACAAAUCAAUGGUUUCUCGAUUUAUUGAACAGUCUCAUUGAAGUAACCGUUAAAGACUUAUCAAAGUACGCGAGGGCGAAGUACGAGGCAUUGAUUACUAUUCACGUGCAUCAAAGAGAUAUAUUCGACGAUCUGUGUCGUAUGAGAAUUCGCAAUGUCGGUGAUUUCGAGUGGUUGAAGCAAUGCAGAUAUUAUUACGACGCUGAAACAGAAGACGUCCCUAUACAAGUAACGGAUAUAGAUUUCGUCUAUCAGAACGAGUUUCUAGGUUGCACCGAUCGACUUGCCAUUACUCCCCUCACUGAUAGAUGCUACAUAACAUUAGCUCAAGCCGUGGGUAUGAACUUUGGAGGUGCACCAGCAGGGCCGGCCGGCACUGGCAAAACAGAAACCACGAAGGAUAUGGGGAAAGCCCUUGGAAAAUACGUGGUGGUAUUUAAUUGCUCCGACCAAAUGGAUUUCCGCGGUCUAGGCAGAAUAUUUAAAGGAUUAGCCAUGUCCGGAACCUGGGGCUGCUUCGACGAGUUUAAUCGUAUCGAUUUGCCAGUUCUGUCCGUCGCUGCUCAGCAAAUAGCGAUUGUACUUACAGCAAGAAAGGAAAGAAAAGCAAAUUUUCUUUUUAGUGAUGGUGAAAUAUACCAUUUAAACUACGAGCUUGGGAUUUUCAUUACUAUGAAUCCUGGCUACGCUGGUCGUCAAGAAUUACCGGAAAAUUUAAAGAUACAAUUCAGAAGCGUCUCUAUGAUGGUUCCUGAUAGACAAAUAAUUAUGCGUGUAAAAUUGGCAGCUUGUGGUUUUAAAGAGAACGUUCUAUUGGCACGAAAGUUUUUCACGUUGUAUAAAUUAUGUGAGGAACAAUUAAGCAAGCAGGUACAUUAUGAUUUCGGUUUGAGAAACAUAUUGUCUUGCUUGCGAACUCUCGGUGCACAGAAACGAGCGAAUCCCACUGAUUCUGAAGAAACUACUUUAAUGAGAGUUUUAAGGGACAUGAAUUUGUCGAAAUUAGUAGACGAAGAUGAACCCUUGUUUAUGUCUCUCAUCGAAGACAUGUUCCCAGGCAUCAAGCUCAGAGUUCAAAUAUACAAAGAUCUGCAAAAAGCACUUGCAAAUGCAACUGUUGCUCUUGGUAUAAUGAACCAUCCAGAAUGGAACUUGAAGGCAGUUCAAUUGUACGAAACCUCUUUGGUUCGCCACGGCUUGAUGAUGCUUGGACCGACAGGAUCCGGAAAAACUAUGUGCAUGUGGGCUCUUAUGAAAGCUCUAACAGAAAUGGGCAUACCUCAUAAAGAAGUUAGAAUGAAUCCCAAAGCCAUAACCGCGUCCCAGAUGUUUGGUAGACUAGACGUAGCGACGAAUGAUUGGACAGAUGGAAUUUUCUCCAUUAUAUGGAGAAGAUCGACGCAAACGAAGAAAACAGAAAAUUUAUGGAUGGUCCUGGACGGUCCUGUGGAUGCUGUGUGGAUCGAGAACUUAAACUCCGUGCUGGACGAUAAUAAGACGCUAACUUUAGCGAAUGGCGAUCGUAUAAUUAUGGCAUCCAAUACUAAAUUGGUCUUUGAACCGGACAAUGUUGAUAAUGCAUCGCCAGCUACGGUAUCUCGUAUGGGAAUGGUGUUCAUGAGUGCUUCUGUACUAAAAUGGACUCCCAUUCUACAAGCAUGGUUUAAAACACAACCGCCAGCACAAGUAGAAGUGCUGAAUAAUUUUUUCAAAAAAAUUUACGACGACGCCCAUACCUUUGUUCAAACGAAACUUCCGGUAAAGAUGCAACUCUUGGAAGCUCUUUACAUAAGGCAGUGUAUCGAUUUGUUGGAUGGUUUGCUUGGUACAAAUAAAGAUACGACUAGAAUACUGCCGGAAUAUCACAUCGAAAAGAUAUUUCUUUUCUCGCUAAUGUGGAGCUUGGGAGCGGUAUUGGAAUUAGAUGAACGUAACUUAUUACAGGAGUUCUUACUUAAUCACCAAUCGAAAUGUAAUUGGCCAAAAUGCAAGGAAGAUGAAACCAUAUUUGAAUACCUAGUGUCAGACGAUGGCCAAUGGAUGCAUUGGUCUGAAAAGGUCCCAGAAUUCAUCUAUCCGCCGGACGAAGUCUUAAAAUAUUACACUAUUCUAGUCCCUAAUAUAGACAAUACAAGAACUUUAUUCUUGAUCGAUGUCAUUGCGAAACAGGGGAAAGCAGUAUUACUAAUAGGAGAGCAAGGAACUGCAAAGACAGUUAUGGUCAAAAGCUACAUGUCCCACUAUGAUCCAGAAGAACAUCUCUGUAAAUCUUGCAGUUUUUCUUCCGCAUCUACACCCAAUAUGGUUCAGCGAAUAUUUGAAAGCUACGUGGAGAAAAGAGUGGGUACCACUUACGGACCCCCAGGUGGCCGAAAAAUGACCAUUUUCAUCGACGACAUAAAUAUGCCGGCUAUAAAUGAAUGGGGUGAUCAAAUUACAAACGAGAUCGUUCGCCAACUGAUGGAAUAUAAAGGCUUUUAUUCCCUGGACAAGCCCGGCGAUUUCUGUACUAUACAGGAUAUUCAGUUGCUUGCAGCCAUGAUUCAUCCUGGUGGGGGUAGAAACGAUAUUCCACCGCGGCUCAAGAGACAAUUCAAUAUUUUUAAUUGUACAUUACCAUCCAACAAAUCCAUGGACACGAUAUUCAGAAGCAUCGGGCAAGGAUACUUUUGUAGCACCAGAUUCGACGAGAGUAUUGUAAACUUUUUGCCAAAAUUAAUACCUUUAACGAGAGUCCUGUGGCAGCAGACUAAGAGUAAAAUGUUGCCAACGCCAGCAAAGUUUCACUAUGUCUUUAAUUUAAGAGAUUUGUCUCGAAUAUGGGAAGGCAUCCUCAGAAUAGAAAGUGCUGAAUGUGAUUCCAGAAGCAGGCUAUUAAAGCUCUGGGAACACGAAUGUACUCGCGUAAUUGCAGAUCGAUUUACAAACAAUGAAGACACACAGUGGUUCAAAAGCACAUUACGAAAAACAGCGGAGAAAAUGUUAGGUUCUGAUUUUAGUUUCUACAUACCAGUCGAAACAUAUUUCGUGAAUUUUCUGCGUGAACCGCCGGAACCUACUGGAGAUGAACCGGAAGAUUUCGUCUUUGAAGCGCCAAAGAUUUACGAGGAGAUGCCGAGUUACGAGAUUGUGAUUGCAAAGGUCCGACAAAAUAUGGAUCAAUUCAACGAAUACGUUCGAGGAAUGCGCAUGGAUUUAGUAUUCUUCCACGAUGCUCUGGUGCAUUUGAUUCGAAUAUCGAGAAUCCUGGGUGUUCCUCGAGGCAACGCGAUGCUGGUAGGAGUUGGAGGAUCAGGCAAACAGAGUCUGACUCGACUAGCCUCUUUCAUCGCUGGUUUUAGCUUUUAUCAAAUUACAUUAACCAGGACUUACAGCGUUGGAAGUUUACUGGAAGAUCUACGAAAAGUGUAUCAUACAGCUGGUGUGGGAAGCAAGGGGCAGACAUUCAUAUUUACCGACAACGAGAUAAAAGAGGAAGCUUUCCUGGAGUACAUAAAUAACAUAUUGAGCGUUGGAGAAAUAGCGAAUCUGUUUCCAGCAGAUGAACUUGAUGAAAUUUUAACGACAGUGACGCCUAUGAUGAAAAAGGACGACCCAAAGCGACCACCAACUCCGGAUAAUCUUUACGAUUAUUUCUUGACACGCGCGAAGGAUCAGUUGCAUAUGGUCUUAUGUUUUUCACCAGUUAGCGAGAAGUUUAGAUCCCGAGCAUUGAAAUUCCCUGGUCUUAUAUCUGGUUGUACGAUAAAUUGGUUCUGGCGAUGGCCAAUAGAUGCUUUAUACGAAGUCAGUGAUCACUUCAUAAAGAAAUAUAAAAUAAUAUGCCCCGUAGAGAUAAAACAACAGCUAAUAGAAGUUAUGGGAGACGUGCAUAAUAAUGUGAAUGACGUUUGCGUACAAUAUUUCGAUAGAUUCCGCAGAGAGGUGUACGUGACACCAAAAUCGUUCUUAACUUUCCUUAGCGGAUAUAAACUACUUUACAAAGAACGUUUGGACAAUAUCAAUAUGCUGUCGUAUCGUAUGAGCAGCGGUUUGAGUAAGUUAGUCGAUGCUGCAGCUCAAGUCGACGAAUUGCGUAAAGUUUUGGAGAAGAAUCAACAGGAAAUCGCGGAGAAGAACGUGCAAGUCGAGGCUAUUUUAGUCACUGUGAAUGAAAAGAAGAAAGAGGCGGAGAUGGUGAAAGCACAGGUGCAAGUUUCUAAGGACGAGGCGGAAGCCAUUUUGAAAGUGAUCGCGAAAGAAAAAUCUGUAGCAGAACAAAAAUUGAAAGCUGCAGAGCCUGCUUUACUGGAAGCAGAAGCUGCCUUACAAACUAUAAAAGCCGCUGAUAUUGCGACAGUAAGAAAAUUAGGCAAACCACCAUAUUUGAUUACUCUCAUCAUGGACUGCGUGUUGAUACUGUUUGGAAGAAAAUUGGAUCCAGUUAAGCCUGACUACGAACGACAAUUUUUAACUCCUUCGUGGUCUGAAGCCUUAAAAAUGAUGGCUGAUGUUAGAUUUCUUUAUCACUUGCAAAAUUUUCCAAAGGAUAAUAUCAAUGCCGAAACUAUCGAUCUGAUGCAACCAUAUUUGAAUUAUCCCUCGUACACGUACGAAGCUGCAAAGCAAGCUUGCGGAAACGUUGCUGGUCUCAUCCAGUGGACCAUCUCGAUGGUUACAUUCUACGGAAUAAACAAAGAUGUUCUCCCAUUGAAAGCAAAUUUGGCUGUACAAGAAAGCAAAUACGAGAAAGCCAAUCGAAAUCUGAUGGAAGCUGAAAGCCUUUUGAAAGCGAAAGACGAAGACUUAAAAGUGGUGCAGAGAGAGUUCGAUGGUGUGAUGGAAGAACGUCAAAAAAUAGUUGAUUUAGCAGAAAUAUGCCAAGCGAAAACAGACACAGCCACGGCAAUGAUCGAGGGCCUUUCUGGCGAAAGAAUAAGAUGGACGGAGCAAAUAGCUGCCUUCAAAUCAGAAAUAGAUCGUCUGGUUGGCGAUGUGUUAAUUCUAAUAGGUUUCUUAUCAUAUUGUGGGCCCUUCAAUCAAGAAUUCAGGUCUUUAUUGCAAAGACAAUGGUUUGACUUUAUCCAUGCUCGAAAGAUCCCGGUUUCUCUUGUAAUAAAUAUUACGGCUAGUUUGACUGACACUGCUACUAUUGGAGAAUGGAGUUUGCAAGGUCUGCCAACGGACGAUUUAUCCAUUCAGAAUGGAAUUAUAGUAACGCAUGCAAUCAGAUAUCCUCUUUUAAUCGAUCCUCAAUUACAAGGUAAAACGUGGAUCAAGAACAAAGAGGAAGAAUUUCAGUUGCAGGUAACGUUCUUCUCACACAAAUAUUUUAGAAAUCAUUUGGAAGAUUGUGUUUCUCUGGGCCGCCCAUUGCUAAUCGUAGAUGUAGGAGAGGAAUUGGAUCCUGUUUUGGAUAAUUUGUUGGAAAAAAACUUUAUAAAAAUAGGAACUUCUUUGAAGGUAAAAUUAGGUGAUAAGGAAGUAGAUAUUCAUAAGGAUUUUAGACUUUACAUCACUACAAAGUUACCCAAUCCGUCAUAUACUCCGGAAGUAUUUGCACGUGCCGCUAUAAUCGACUUUACUGUUACUGUAAAAGGAUUAGAAGAUCAAUUGUUAGGAAGAGUUAUUUUAACGGAGAAGAAAGAACUUGAAACAGAAAGGACACAGUUGAUAGCAGAUGUAACUGCAAAUAAUAGAAAGAUCAAAGAACUAGAAGCUAAUCUUUUACACAAAUUGACUACCGUAGAAGGACCUUUGAUAGAAGAUGUAGAAUUAAUGUCUGUAUUAAAUAUUACGAAACAAACAGCUGCUGAGAUAAAUGAGAAGUUAAACAUAGCGAGAGACACGGAAUUAAGAAUCGAUUCAGCUCGAGAAGAAUUUCGACCAGUGGCAACACGUGGUAGUGUAUUGUACUUUUUAAUUUGCGACAUGUCUUUGGUCAAUUGCAUGUAUCAGACAUCGCUUGUUCAAUUCUUGGAACGUUUCGAUCUUUCUAUGGAAAGAUCUGAGAAGAGUCCAAUUAAUCAGCGAAGAAUCAAUUUCAUUAUCGAAUAUCUCACGUACGAAAUCUUCAAAUACAAAGCAAGAGGUCUCUACGAAAUUCAUAAAUACAUGUUCAUUCUACUGAUGACGUUGAAGAUUGAUUUACAACGCGAUGCUAUUUCUUACGAAGAGUUCCAGUACUUUAUCAAAGGUGGUGCAGCUUUGGAUCUAAACACAGUUGAACCAAAACCUUGCAAAUGGAUUACAGAUGUCACUUGGUUAAAUUUAAUUGCACUAUCUGCCCUAAGACAAUUUCAGUACAUUCCUUCUCAAGUUCCAGCUUCUGAAAAGCUUUGGAAGCAAUGGUUUGAUAAACCUGCUCCAGAAGAAGAACCAUUACCUAAUGGCUAUAAUGCAUUAGAUACUUUUCGGCGUUUAUUGUUAAUCAGAGCUUGGUGUAUAGAUAGAACACUGUCACAGUCAAGAAAAUACAUAUCAACUUCAUUAGGAGAAAAAUAUGCAGAGCCUGUAAUUACUCUUUUGGAUGUGAUGCUCAAUGAAUCAAGGCCAGAUACUCCAAUGAUCUGCUUUCUGAGUAUGGGUUCUGAUCCUACGCACAGUAUAGAACAUCUUGCUAAAAAGUUGGAGAUAAUAUGUAGAAGUAUCUCAAUGGGGCAGGGACAAGAGGUCCACGCAAGAAAAUUAAUGCAAAGUGCAAAGACUGAAGGUUAUUGGGCACUGUGUCAAAAUUGUCACUUGGGUUUGGAAUAUAUGCAAGAAUUAGUUAAUUUUAUUCUGGAGAUGGAGGAUCCCCAUCCUAAUUUUCGUAUAUGGAUUACUACAGAACCACAUAAGGACUUUCCAAUAUCUCUUUUGCAAAUGUCCAUAAAAUAUACUUAUGAACCUCCACAAGGAAUAAGAGCAGGCUUGCUUGCCACAUAUAGUGGAAUGCAUCAAGAAAUGCUAGAUCAAUGUGAUGCUAUACAAUAUAUACCAAUUAUAUACACAGUAUCGUUUUUACAUACUAUAGUGCAAGAAAGAAGAAAAUUUGGACCACUUGGUUGGAAUAUACCAUAUGAAUUUAAUUUAUCAGAUUGGCUGGCAUCUUGCAUGUUCAUUAAUAAUCAUUUGAAUGAUUUUGAUAUAAAACAAGGAAUAAACUGGCAUACAAUAAGAUACAUGAUAGGAGAGGUACAAUACGGAGGACGUGUUACGGAUGAUUAUGACAAAAGAUUGCUAAACACAUUUGCUAAACUAUGGUUUUCAGAUGCAAUCUUUUCAGAAGAUUUUGUAUUCUAUAAAGGAUAUCCAGUUCUAGUUUAUAAGCAAGUUACAGAGUAUCUAAAAGUAAUUGAUGAAAUGAAUCCUAUAGAUCCACCACAAGUUUAUGGUUUGCAUCCUAAUGCAAAUAUUACAUAUCAGAGUAACACUACACAGGCUGUUUUAGAUACUAUAAUAUCUGUACAACCAAAAGAGGCAGGUGUGGGUGUUGGUGAAUCUAGAGAAGUAAUUGUAGCUAGGCAAGCAAAGGAAAUGUUAAAAAAAUUGCCACCAAGUUAUGACCCAUUUGAAGUAAAAGAAAGAUUGCACGUAUUAGGCGCCACUGCACCAAUGACUAUUUUCUUGAAACAAGAAAUUGAUCGAAUACAAGUAAUUAUUACAUUAGUGGAUGCUACUUUAAAGGAUCUUUUACUUGCUAUAGAAGGUGUUAUUAUAAUGUGUGAGGAAUUGAGGGAUGCUCUUGAUAAUAUAUACGAUGCUAGAGUACCAAAAUCAUGGAGAGCAAAAUCAUGGGAAUCAUCUUCUCUUGGUUUUUGGUAUACUGAACUGUUAGACAGAAACAAACAAUUUUCUACUUGGUUACACACUGGUAGACCAGCCAAAUUUUGGAUGACUGGAUUUUUUAAUCCUCAAGGAUUUUUAACUGCAAUGAGGCAAGAAGUAACAAGGGCUCACAAAGGUUGGGCUUUGGAUAAUGUGACUUUACACAAUGAAGUCUUACGUUAUACAGCAGAAGAAAUUAAAACUGAACCUCAAGAGGGUGUUUAUGUAUAUGGACUAUUUCUUGAAGGGGCUGGAUGGGAUAGAAGGAAUAACAGAUUAUGUGAAUCUGCAAAUAAAGUUUUAUAUGUAUUAAUGCCAGUUAUUCACAUUUUUGCUCUAUAUAAUGUCCCUGAUAAAGACCCAAAAUUAUAUCAGUGCCCAGUGUACAAGAAACCGCAAAGAACGUAUGUAUUAUUUAUAACACCGCUUUGGUUGCAAACAAUUAGACCACCAGAAUUUUGGAUUCUACGUGGUGUGGCUUUAUUAUGUGAUAUUAAAUAAAUGUAAAACUUGUAUCCUGCUUUAAAUAAAAAUAUAAUCAUGACACUUGU